AGCAUCACGCUGCAAAUGUGCGAUCAUUCACUGUAGCCACAUGCAUGUGGAACACAAGAGAGGCGCGGGGCAUGAUGCCUGCACAGCAGACAAAGAGAACGGCGCUUGUGUGUGUGUAAAAGAGUGUGAGACAGAUGGAAGGCAAAAGUGUGUGUGUGUGUGUGUGUGUUUACACUACAACGUAUGAUCGUUCUAAUUUAACUAGAAUUAUCUAACGAUAUUGUCGUCUGUGUAUUGUCAGUACUGUCCUUUGCUAGCUUAGCCACGAGUGCUAGCACGAGACAGACCUCGGCGUGCGUUGCUGAUCGUCAUUGUUGUUGUUUGUGUUGAGUCUGCUGGUGACGUCGCUGCUGAUGUUGCACCGUCGGUACGGAGACACAAGUGGCAGGGCUUUGCCAACAAUAUCUCGGUCUUCGCAACGCUCUUCCUUCCAACUGAUGUUCGCAGGGAAGCGAUUCUCCACUCACUCACUCUCUCUCUCACUCCCUUCCUCGCUCUCUCUCUCUCCACCUCUCCUAAGCCCAAGCCUAAUAAAAGUUGCCAUCCCUUGCUUUGCUGGGUGCAGUUCCUUCCAUGCUCCCGUUGAGGCCAGACAGCGAGAAUGCGAAUGCGGGCACAAGCUGCCCAGGCAGGCUAUUUUUAAGCAGCGAGGCGAUGCAGGCUAUAGCUCAGUACACAGGACGACCCAAGAGUGCAGAACUAACCUAGGACCUAAAGCCGAACGCGGGGAAGGACAACAGGACAGUCAGUGGCAGUAGUGAGAGUCGGAAAUAGAGGGAUAAAGAGAGAAAGAGAGAGAGAGAGACAGCAGAAGAGAGUGCAUGAGCAUCAGAUAGGAGGAAUGACAAGCGCUCAGCCUCUGAGAGUACAUCGGAGCAGCGAACGAGUGUAUUAAAAAAAAAAAAAACGCGCUACACUUUUGCCUGCAGUUUGCAAAACAGUUUUUUUCCUCUCCUCUCUCUCUCACUCUCUGUCUAUCUCUAUCCCUCGCUACAGUAAUAGCACAAAAAUUAAACAGAAGGGUUACUGCAAGAUGUCUCGCAAGGCUUGCCCUCUCCACCAUCGCGAUCUCUGAUUUUGCAAAAGAAAGAUGACAGUGGCGUCCCCCAGCACUCGUGGCCUGAUGGACACCUCGCACCCCCAGUCCGUCCUCAGCAAGCUGAGUGAGCAGCGCUCCCAGGGCCUGUUCUGUGACGUCACCAUUGUGGUGGAGGAUGUCAAGUUUCAAGCUCACCGCAACAUCCUGGCAGCCAGCAGUGGAUAUUUCCGGAACGCCCUGACAUCCCUGGACGUCCGGACAUCUGGGCAGGUGCUGGAGCUGAUGGACCUCAGGUCUGAGGUGUUUGCCAACAUCCUAAACUUCAUAUACAACUCUAAGGUGGUAUCGAUGAGUGCAGAAGAAACCAAGUUGUUGGUGGCGGCUGGAAGGCGGUUAGGCAUUCCCUUUCUGGAGAAGCUCUCAGAGUCAGACAAGCAGAGUUCAGGAGUCACACAAGGUAAAAUUUCAGCAAACACAAAACAACAACAACAACAACCAAAACCAAAGCAACAGAGACAGCAACAGCAACAGCAACAGCAACAGAAACAGAAACAGCAACAGCAAACUCAAAAACCCUGUGCUCCAAAGAGAGAAACUCCAAGACUUGAGGAACCCGAAUGUGCAAAAGGUCCGCGGAUAACAAACGCCUUUUCUAUUAAAGAGGUUGGAGCUGGGAGCAACCCUUUCACUCCCCUUGAUCCACGCCACGGAGGGCAGCAGUCACCUAGCCUGGGCAACCUCCCAGCUGCCUGCCCUGCCCCGACCGUGACUUCAGCCGAGACUGAGCCUACCCAGGCCCUGUCCGAGCACUCGUAUGCAGUGAGUCAGGGCCUACACAAGGCCCUGCAACCUGGCGAGGCAGGUCAGGUGAACGACAAGAAGAACAGCAAGCCUACCACAACACCGCUCAAGAUGCUGACAUGCCGAAACUUCGGCCCCAUCAAGAAGCGCCACAGGCUCAACUGCACCCCUGCAAAGACUACACCAGCCCCAUGCGACACAUCAAGUACUCUUGCACAGGUGCCUGACAGCUGCCCUGUCCUGCAAAAAGCAGCAGACGUCCCUCCAGUAACUCCACUGUCCCCUUUAUCCACAGAAGCUGAAGAUGAGACAAGUCCAGCGCCUGAGUUGUCGCCUUUGACUGAGGACACUGCCCCGAUAGAGCAAGAGCCUCCUUCCCUAAGUCCCCAGGAAAAGCCUGAUGCACUGACGUACCGCUGUGAGUACUGCCCUGAGGUGUUGGGCAACAGAGCACUCCUUAACAUACACACGCAGGUCCACAAGAGGAGGUUUGUUAGUCAUUUGUUUUGUAAGCACUGUCACAGGAAAUUUAUGCACCUGAAGAGAUUGCGCAACCACGAGCAAGUGUGCACCAAGGCCCCGAAAGGUCCCCCUCAUCUUGAGCCACAAGGCAAAACCACAGACAUCGCUGACCAAACCACAGAAACUACAUCCAGCAUAGAUGACUCUUCUCAAUCUUUGCCUGCCCUACACCUUAACGACACAUUCACCCUUGACCCCACUCUGGAAAACCCACUCACCCCACGGCACAUCUUGGAGAGGGUUGAGAAAAGCAGUGGAGGGCACAGGUCUUACAGAUGUAGUGUGUGUAAACGAGCCUAUGUGACGCUUUCUAGUUUGAAGAGACACGAGAACGUGCACUCAUGGCACAGGGCCUAUCCCUGCCAUUACUGUAACAAAGUCUUUGCCUUGGCAGAGUAUCGAACCAAGCACGAGAUCUGGCACACUGGAGAGCGUCGUUACCAGUGCAUUUUCUGUCUCGAGACCUUCAUGACCUACUAUAUCCUAAAGAACCACCAGAAGGCCUUUCACGGAAUUGACCCGAGGUUGGCUGUGAACAAAAAGUCUGCCAAUGGAGGCUUCAAAGGAAGCGUUUACCCCAUAAAACUCUACCGGCUACUGCCCAUGAAGUUCAGAAAGAAGCGUUACAAGUCAUAUAGUCACACAUACUCUGAUGCUGCGGAAGACCAGGCAAUUGGUGCUGCUCCAGGCGACUCCUCACCUGCCUCCCAGUUUCCCAGCACUCUUCCUAGCAGCCUCGAUGGUGGUUGCUCUGGCCAGUCUUUGUUUUCUAUGCCAGUCACUUUCAUGGCCACCCCCAAAACACUGGCUGUUGGGAUGCCUCGCGUCAGCUUUGAAAGACCAUGUGACCAAGACAUGGAGCUCCCUGAUAUGGACAUGCCAAGCAUUCCAUCCGUGCAAGCAGACGGACAAGACGGACUGUCAGAUGUUGAAGACAAUGGAUCACCCUUUGGAUACACAAAUUCAAUAGAGUCAACAGAGGGAAACAGAGUGGCAGAAAACAACACUGUAUCUCUGAGAGGCACAGGAAGCAACAAGAAUAACAUGCCGUUCCUACACCUGAAUCCCACCGGUUCCAUGGAAAGUGUGAAUAACAGACUAGGUGAUUUGUCUGCAGCGGCACACACUAUCGAGGCCAUGGCUAGCCAGCUGUUUCUUCCAAGUGCUGAGAGCCUUAAGCCAGACAAGGCUGUUGGGGGGAAAACUGAAACGUACAUCGCAAAACCAGCAUGUCCAGGUCCAUCUAUAGAUGGCCAUGUUCUGCCCCUCUGUCAUAUUACUGUCAAAAUUGGCAACGAAGCGAUCAUUCGCCGCAAAAUCAAAGGCUCCAAGUUAUUCCCAAGAAAGAGAAAAAGAAAGAGUUGGAGCCAGAGGGAGGGAACACAUGAAGCCAAUCCAGUUGAUGAUGGUGUUGGAAGUCCAAGCCUUCGUCUGAGGACAGAGGUUACCACAUCCAUAGUAGAGACCGAUCCAUAUGAUGAACCUGACACGGACAAGUUAUGGCGUCCAUAUUAUUCAUAUAAGCCUAAAAAGAAAGGGAAGAAGUUGAGGUCGAAACAUAGAAGGGAUAGGUCUGUGAAGUUCUACACAAGACCUUUGUCACUUGAGCCUUCGGAAAACUUCAUGGAGACAGACUACAGUCCCAGGGAAAGCAUUUCAUCUGACAACACAGAAAUCAGAAGAACCCUUAGAAGUAACAGCCCCAAAACAGCACACGCGUGCAGCAUCUGCAAGAGCCUGUUCUCCAACGAGGCCUCUCUCAGGAUGCACACCUUAAGCUGCAACCGGUACACCUGCCGAAUGUGUGGAAAGCAAGCCUCUACAGAGGAGACUCUCAGUUUGGGGAGUCCGCUAUCAGAUGAGAGCCUGGAUUUCGUCUGCAAAAGUUGCACGGAGGACGGCUCCUGUUUUGACAAUGCGAAUCGCAGCCCAGGUACAGAGAAACGCUAUCGCUGCUCCUUCUGCCCUCAGCGCUUCCUUUACCUUGCCACUAAAAGGAGCCAUGAAAAGAAACACCAAGAAAAAUCCGGAAAAGGGUACAGCUGCCAGUACUGUCACAAGGUCUGCAAAUCCACCGCCCACCUGGCUUUACAUGAGAAGCGCCACUUCAUCAAGACUGAGGAGAGUGAUAACGAAGAUGGUGAGAUGGAGACCAACAGCUCAAUCCUCUCGCACAGGACUUUCACAGUCAACAAGGAGGAAACAAAACUGGAGCCAUGGGAAGGAGCUGAGAUCUGUUCUCCUGCUGCUCCAAAGGAAGAGGAACCAAUACAGUCUGACAGCGAGGGGCCUUAUCAGGAGAAAGAUGUCGGAAGUGGCUAUAAAAACCCUCCUGUGUUGUCCACCCGCACUGAAAACCCUUUUCUUGUGUCUCUCUCAGAGCUGCAGAAGAAGACGAAACACAAGCGAAGAUACAUUCUUGAUCGUCCCAAAAGCUUUGGUCUACAGGGGGACAAACAGGACUCUGUGGGUAACGUAACACAGGGCCAAAAAGGCCAUUUGCCUAGUCUAGGAAUAAACAGUCGCUCCAGUACUGGGAUGAGCUUCUCAUCCUUUCUGACAAAAGACCCCGUCACCAAGGGACCUGCCCAUCAUGCACCCAAGCAUAGUCUAUCCAAGACACAGAACCGCUUGUGGACAGAAGAACCUUAUUUUCAUGGGCACAAAUAACUUUUACAGGUGGGAACGUUGCUGAUGGAAAAUAGCUUAAGUGAUAAACUGUAGGGCAGGACCUGAACGCUUGAUUAUUUUGCACCUUAGCUGCAGUUAUUGAAUUCAAUUCUGUCAUGUUCCCUUUGCAACAUGAAGGACUUAUUAACUAAUAUCUAUGUAAAUAGGGUUUUUGUCUUCACUUAAAAUACAACUGGGUAGUUUUUCAUGUUUUUACAAAGAGAAGCUGUUUUAUUUUUCUAUGUUUUUAUUUGUCUCAACAAGACAUGUCUGCAUUUCACAGGUCACCCCACUUCUUGAUGUAACCUAUGCAUUAUGCAUUAACUGUGCAUACUUAGGUGCACUUUGAGCAUAAAACAGCUACAUUAAAUGAUAAUGUAACAGUCAUAUACCUGAAAAGCAUCACGUUACUUUCGAUUGCACCAACAUGUCAUUUCUGCACAAGUCUAAAGGUGUUGUGUUGUUAUUUUAAUUGAGCUAACCACCUAAACAUUUCACGGUUGACCUUUUUGCCUUUUUCAUGCAACAUACUGAUUCAAAAUGUGUCAUUUCAGUUGUGUAUUACAUUCUGCAUUUCCUAAAAACACAAGCCAUAAAUAGUUGGACAUCACAAAACCACAGAAAGACUAUGCCAUUCCUUUUCUCAAUAAACACUAAUGUCUCAUGA